AUGGUUGAGUCAGAGAACAACCGUCACGAAGGAAGCGAAGGCGAAACGAAAGAGGACCCGCAAAAAGGCAAAACCGUGCUUGCUCAACAAGUUACCGGAGUCGUUAAAUGGUUUAAUGUCAAGGCGGGUUACGGCUUCAUCAACAGAAAUGAUACUCAUGAGGACGUUUUCGUUCACCAAUCGGCUAUCCGACGCAACAACCCAAGGAAGUUUGUUCGUAGCGUCGGUGAUGGUGAGGAAGUCGAGUUCGAUGUUGUGGAAGGCGAGAAGGGGAACGAAGCCGUGAACGUCACUGGACCUGAAGGCGCUCCGGUGAAGGGCUCCGUUUACGCUCCCGACCGCCGCGGCCGAGGGUUUGGAUACCGCGGUUAUGGUGGCAACUUCCGCGGUGGCUACCGACGCGAGGACGGAGAAGACGAAGGUCGUCCCCGUGGGCGCGGCCGAGGUCGUGGACGUGGUUACGGCUAUCGCAACCAGUAUUCCAAUAACCGGCGUUACGAAGAUGAGGAAGGUGAAGACGAGAAGGCAGACGAAGGUUCCGGUGAAGAAGAUGCACCACCGAGAGUGCCGCGAACGCGAGGUCGCGGUCGCGGCGGUGGUGGUCGAGGCUACAAUCGGGGCUUUUCUUACUACCGCGGGAACCGUCGCGGACCUCCUUAUCCAAAUCGAGACCAUGGCGGGGAAGAGGAUGCCAGUGGGGAAGGCGCCGAAAAACCGCGUUCACCCCCUCAGCGCGGUCGCCGUGGUGGUCGCCGAGGUCGUCGCGCCAAUGCGAGUGAAAACGAAGGCGCUGAUGGUCAGGGCUACGACAAGCACGACGACGAGAAGGAGCGCGGAGCAGGGGAUGCUCAGAGGGCCGACUAG